AUGAGCCAAAACCGGAGACUAUUAGAAGGCGAUGAUGACUUUGAUAUAAGUGACUCGGGCGAUGAACUCGAUCUGAGCAUGGACCCAGGCAGGCCUGACUCGCCACAACUGGGAUGGUUCUCCAGAUUCUACCACAAUGUUGUUCUAGAGAACGUGGGGAUGUUCCUCAUUUUGCUAGCACAGAUGUUCAACUCAGUGAUGAUUGUUACAUGCAAAUUGCUUGAGUUGGAUCCAGAUUUCGAGGAGCCUUUGCACCCUCUCCAGAUCCUGUUCGUGCGGAUGGGUAUAACGUAUGUCUGCUGCUUUCUGUACAUGUGGAUACGUCGUGUUGAGGGAUUUCCAUUUGGACCCGCCGAGUUGCGCAUCUGGAUGGCUCUGCGUGGAGUCACCGGGUUUUUCGGGGUUUUUGGACUUUAUUUUUCACUCAUGUUCCUUACUGUGUCCGAUGCUGUGGUGAUCACGUUCUUGGUGCCGUCUGUAACCGCAUUGGCAGCCUGGGUUCUGUUGAAGGAAAGAUACACCAAGGUAGAGGCCAUUGGUGGGCUUAUUUCUUUCAGUGGUGUUUUGCUUAUUGCGCGACCAGAGUUUCUGUUCCAUGGUCGUUUCGAUUCUGCCAAGGGCGAUAAUGAGACCCACGACCCUGCGAAAAGACUGCUUGCCACGGGUGUUGCUCUUGUUGGUGUUCUGGGAGCCUCUGGAGCAAUGAUAUCGAUCCGCUACAUUGGAAAGAGGGCUCAUCCAUUGCUUACAGUAUCGUAUUUUGCCCUGAUCUGCUGCGUAGUCUCGUGCACUGCGAUUCUAGCCAUUCCCUCCAUGUCGUUCCAAACUCCUCACAAUACCCGUCAAUGGUGUCUUUUUGCACUUAUCGGAUUCUCCGGAUUCAUAAUGCAAUUUCUGCUUACUUCUGGUGUUCAGAGAGAAAAAGCGGGCCGUGGGGCUUUUAUGAUGUACUCUCAACUAGUGUUUGCACUCGUUUUCGAUGUGGCCAUCUGGGGCAAAUUUCCAAACAUAAUCUCGUUGUUUGGUAUAUCGCUUAUCAUAGGCUCUGCGAUUGUGGUUUUGGUAUAUCGGCCCGGUAAUGCCACUGCUGCGCUUGCUGCUGCCCGGGCCGCUAGAGACCCGGAGGGUGUGCCUCACCAGGAGACGUUUGUUCUUGAAGACUUUGAUACGGAUAGACGAGGCUCAAAAUGA